UUCCAUUGUGUUCCUUACAUGUUCUGUUUCAAGUUGCUGUUGACUUUAGGUAUUAUUCGACUAACAAAGUUACCAAACGGAAAAGGUGAUUCGACCUGCUGAAUGCCAUCCGAAGACGUUGAUAAGCUUAACCAUUAUGCAGCCAUUAAAAUGCAUCGUAACGUUGCUGAGCUUAAGUUUAGCGCUUGCUAUUCCUAAAGGUAUAGUUGACGAACCUCAAACAGAUCCAAGCGGACUCAAAGGUAGGAAGAGUGAAUCUCCUCAGGUAGUAGAACGGAGCUUGCACGCCGGGCAACCUUCUCCUAUUUCUGCUGGAUUGAAAUCACCAUCCAGAGGGAUUCCAAUUAGAUCGAAUCAAGAAUCUUCGAUUACUUUGGCACCAAAGAUAGUAUCAACUUCAAUUCAUAUUGAUAAAGAACCCACAGCUUCUAUUCCUGCUACAGGUCAAUGUGAUCCAACUAGGCCACAUAGUCCACAUCCAACUAAUUGCUACAUGUUUUACCAUUGUGUACAACGGCUCAAUUAUGUUGAAAAAGUGGAGAAGACAUGCAAUCCACCAACCAUGUUCAAUCCUGACACUAUGAUUUGUGACUGGCCUGAAUCGGUACGAAAAAUCCGGCCGGAAUGUGGAGUUGCAGUCGCUAGUACUCAAUCCCCAAUUGUUUCAUCCAUCAAUUCAAGCUCUGCCAGAUUGAAAACCCAGCCGAAUCCAAUCAAAUCUGCAUCGCUCAUCUCAAAAACUGCUACGUGCGUGCCCCCUUGUCAAAAUCUUGGGUUCUGUAAGGCUCCAGGAGAGUGUAUCUGUCCGGAAACCUUUGAAGGGCCGCAAUGUCAAUUUGUCAAGACUCAACGGUGUCUCCAAAAACCGCCCACUCCAUCAAAUUCACGAGUUUUUUAUAAUGACAAAGAAUAUAUAUCGACUUGCAACAAAGGUUUCGCCUUCCCCGACGGUAGCAAAGAAUUCAGAAUGGUUUGCGACGCUGGGAAUUGGGUCCAACAUCAUCAACCAACGGGAACUGUUCAAAAAGUCCCCGACUGCCAACCCGUAUGUGACCCACCCUGCGUCAACGGAGGACGAUGUCUGCCCAAUAAUUAUUGUGACUGUCCGCAAGAGUUUCGGGGACCGCAAUGCAAUUAUCCCGCGAAAAAUUGCGCCCCUGAGCUAAUGAACUUCAAUGGAGGCUAUAAUUGCACAAUCGGAAGUACUUUUCUACGCUGCUCACUCAAAUGUGGUGCAAAUGGUGUUUUCGAAUAUCCACCUGCUGCUGUUUACUCUUGCGAAUAUGCCAAGGCUAAAUUUACUCCCGAACCGAUACCGCAAUGCAUAUUUGCGAGACAGCAGUCCCAGAAUUUAAAAUUGAAAUCUACAAAUCAAUCGCAAGUGUUGAUUGAACAGAGCGCUGGGCUGAGAGGGAAUUUUCAACACUCAGCAAACCAUGAAACUGAAUGGUAUCAUCCAACCACAGCCUCCCCAACUUCAAUUCACUCAGAAGGAAAAUCUCAAAAUCCAGUUCGUGCUCCAGAUCGUUGUGAUCCAGCUCGACCACAUAGCCCGCACCCAACAAAUUGCUAUUUGUUUUAUCAUUGCGUCAACGGCAUCAAAGGGGUCGUUUAUCUUGAAAAGACUUGCCAACCUCCGGCGAUGUUCAAUCCAAACACAAUGAUUUGCGACUGGCCGGAAACGGUGAUGCAUAUCCGGCCUUGCGGAGUCAUUACCGUUCCUAGUACGAAGAAAGAGGCUGCAGCCGAUUCUUGCCUAGAUGGAUGGGGCGAUUGGGUUAGUGUAUCCACACCGGCAGAAAAUGCUGGAGAUUUCGAAUUGUACGAACAAAUGGUUCCCCAAGAUUCCGUCUGUCCGUCAUCGAGCGUUCGUGAAAUUGAACAUCAAGUACGUUUUCGUUGCAAUUGCGAAGAUGAUACAUCUUUACCGCUCGUAAAAAUAUCAGAGCCUUUAAUGGCCGAAAAAGUCACGCAUGUUGCAACAACACGUAAGCCCACGGCUGCAGAGAAAGUCGUUCUUGCUCCAACGACACCUGCAAUUGCGAAAAAGAACCUUGAAUGUCCUAAGGGUUAUUCGUGGAGCCGUUGCGCUUACAUUUGUACUCGGCUUUGCUCAUCUUACGCUGCUGAGGUGAAAAAACAAGGACGGUGUCAAACGUCGAAUGAUUUGAGUUGCACACCUGGAUGCGUCGAAGACGAUGACACCAUGGAUCGAAGUUGUCUGUGGUAUGAUAAGUAUACUUGCGUGCCUCCUACUGAUUGCGUAGCUGCUCCAACCCAGCAAAUUCAUCAGAAAGGAUAAGUACUUUUAAUUUACAAUUUCAGUUCUGUUUUUAUCGAAUAUCAGUUCAGUGUACCUUGAGCGAAUUUACACAAAAGCAUAUGCAUAAUGAUUGCGACUUUGUAUGUAAACAAGUUGAAUGCUAAUUGAACUUU